AAAAGGCAGAAAAUACACACGCGGCGAAGACGCCGGGCCGCCGUGGAGGCUCCGGCCCUUCCUUGGUCAAUUACCUCACUGUGGAUCUGCUCCGGCCGAGGUGGCCGAACCUGCCCGGGCGCUGGACGGAAAGGCAGCCUUUGAUCAUCUUGGAGAAGGAAAAGGAAAAAGCACAAACUGGUUUCUACCCACGGCGCUCCGGGGAUCGCUCUUCUGCCUUUAUUUUAUUGUUUUGGACAUUUUAGAGCGCCGUGGCUUGGACGCUGGUUUUGUUUCAUUGCUGGGCUUGAUUUUUUUUUUCCUCAUUUCCUUCUUCGUCCCUCUCUGGUCACUAUGGAAUUCUAACCUGAGCCAUGUUCGGACUGAAGCCGCCUCUCUAUUACUUACCAGGCAUGAGCCAUGAGCCCAAGUCCCCUUCAGUAGGGAUGCUUUCCACGGCGACCAGGACCACCGCCACCGUCAACCCCCUCACCCCCUCGCCACUCAAUGGCGCCCUGGUACCCACCGGUAGCCCGGCCACCAGCAGUGCGCUGUCGGCCCAGGCCGCGCCUUCCUCCAGCUUUGCCGCCGCGCUGCGCAAGCUCGCCAAACAGGCAGAGGAGCCCAGAGGGUCUUCACUGAGCAGUGAGUCAUCUCCGGUGUCCUCUCCAGCCACCAACCAUAGCUCUCCAGCUAGCACGCCCAAGCGAGUGCCCAUGGGCCCCAUCAUCGUCCCCCCUGGGGGUCACAGUGUCCCCAGCACUCCCCCGGUGGUCACUAUUGCCCCCACCAAAACCGUCAAUGGGGUCUGGAGAAGCGAGAGCCGCCAGGACUCUGCCUCCCGAGGCAGCAGCAGCGGUCGUGAGCGGCUGCUGGUGGAGCCGCCUCUCGCCCAGGAAAAGGCAGCCGGCCCAGCCAUCCCCCCUCACCUGCUCAGCACUCCUUACCCCUUUGGCCUCUCCCCCGGCUCAGUUGUACAGGACUCCCGCUUCCAACCCCUCAACCUCCAGCGGCCCGUGCACCAUGUGGUGCCCCCCAGCACGGUGACUGAGGACUACCUGAGGAGCUUCCGGCCCUACCACACUGCUGAAGACCUACGCAUGUCCUCCUUGCCUCCGCUUGGCCUGGACCCAGCCACCGCCGCAGCCUACUAUCACCCCAGCUACCUGGCCCCACACCCGUUCCCCCACCCGGCCUUCAGGAUGGACGACUCCUAUUGCCUGUCAGCCUUAAGGUCUCCCUUCUACCCCAUCCCUACCCCCGGCUCCCUGCCUCCACUGCACCCGUCGGCGAUGCACCUGCAUCUCUCCGGGGUACGGUACCCUCCUGAGCUCUCCCACUCGUCCCUGGCAGCGCUACACUCGGAGCGGAUGUCCAGCCUCAGCGCAGAGAGGUUGCAAAUGGAUGAGGAGCUGCGGCGGGAGAGAGAGCGGGAGCGGGAACGGGAGAGAGAACGGGAACGGGAGGCCGACCGAGAAAGGGAGAAGGAGCGGGAGCGGGAGCAGCGGGAGAAGGAGCGAGAGAAGGAGCGGGAACGGGAGCUGGAGAAGGAGCGGGAGCGGGAGCUGGAGCGCCAGCGGGAGCAGCGGGCGAGGGAGAAAGAGCUGCUGGCCGCCAAGGCCUUGGAGCCCACCUUCCUGCCCGUGGCCGAGCUGCACGGACUCCGAGGUCACACCACCGAGGAGCGGCCCAAGCCCUCGGAGCAGCUGACUCCGACCCGAGCAGAGAAGCUGAAGGACGUGGGCUUGCAGGCACCCAAGCCUGUACAGCAUCCCCUGCACCCAGUGUCUGCCCCACACCACACGGUGCCCAGCCUCAUCUCCGGCCAUGGCAUCUUCUCCCUACCUGGAAGCAGUGCCGCCGCCACAGCCCUCCUGAUCCAGCGCACCAAUGAGGAGGAGAAGUGGCUGGCGAGGCAGCGGCGCCUGCGGCAGGAGAAGGAAGACCGCCAGUCACAGGUGUCCGAGUUCCGGCAGCAGGUCCUAGAGCAGCACCUUGACCUGGGCCGGCCCCCGGUGCCCACAGAGGCGGAGCACAGGCCCGAGAGCACCAGGCCAGGACCAACCCGUCACGACCAGGGCAGCCGUGAGCCCCCACAGCACUUUGGUGGCCCACCACCCCUCAUCUCGCCCAAGCCCCAGACCCACAACGUACCCACAGCCCUCUGGAAUCCAGUGUCUCUGAUGGACAAUGCUCUGGAGACGCGGCGGGCCGAGAGCCACUCUCUGCAUAGCCACCCGACGACUGCUUUUGAGCCCAGCCGCCAGGCUGCCGUGCCACUGGUGAAGGUAGAGCGGGUUUACUGCUCAGAGAAGGCAGAGGAGCCCCGGAAGCGUGAGGCCACGCCACUGGACAAAUACCAGCCACCGCCGCUGCCGCUGCCGCUGCCGCCGCCGCCACCACCACGGGAGGCAGGAAGUCUGGAGCCUCAGACCUUUUCCCAUGGACCUGGGCCUUUCCUCGCUGAACUUGAGAAGUCAACACAGACCAUCUUGGGCCAGCAGCGGCCCUCUCUUUCCCAGCCAACCCCCUUUGGGGAGCUCAGUGGGCCUCUGAAGCCAGGUUCGCCGUUCUGCCACCCCACGGCGAGGGGCCCUGACCCGGCCUACAUCUAUGACGAGUUUCUUCAGCAGCGACGGAAGCUGGUCAGCAAACUGGACCUGGAGGAGCGCAGGCGGCGCGAGGCUCAGGAGAAAGGGUACUACUACGACCUCGACGACUCCUACGAUGAGAGCGAUGAGGAGGAGGUCAGGGCACACCUCCGCUGUGUGGCCGAGCAGCCACCCCUCAAACUGGACACAUCCUCUGAGAAGCUAGAGUUCUUGCAACUUUUUGGCUUGACCACCCAACAGCAGAAGGAGGAGCUGGUGGCGCAGAAGCGUCGGAAGCGGAGGCGAAUGCUGAGAGAGCGAAGCCCGUCACCACCUGCCGUUCAGUGCAAGCGACAGACGCCUUCCCCCAGGCUGGCUCUGUCCACUCGAUACAGCCCCGACGAGAUGAACAACAGCCCCAACUUUGAGGAGAAGAGGAAGUUCCUGACUUUCUUCAACCUGACACACAUCAGUGCAGAGAAGAGGAAAGACAAAGAGAGGCUUGUGGAGAUGCUCCGUGCCAUGAAACAGAGAGCACUGUCCGCACCAGUAGCAGACUCAGUGACAAACUCUCCGAGGGACAGUCCUACCGUCUCCCUGAGUGAACCAGCCACACAGCCAGCUCCUCUAGAGACGGAUCAGCCUGCCGGGGUCCCUGCCUCCUUGUCAGAUGUCCCAAAGGCCGCAGAGACUGCAAGACUGGAACAGGUCCGGCCCCAGGAGCUCUUGAGAGUCCAGGAGCCAGCUCCUGCCAGCGGUGAGAAGGCCAGGCUGAGCGAGGCCCCUGGGGGCAAGAAGAACCUGAGCAUGCUUCAUUACCUCCGGGGCGCUCCGCCCAAGGACAUUCCUGUGCCGUUGUCCCACAGCGUCAACGGAAAGAGCAAGCCUUGGGAGCCCUUCAUGGCUGAAGAGUUUGCACAUCAGUUCCACGAGUCCGUACUGCAGUCCACACAGAAGGCUCUGCAGAAGCAUAAAGGGAGCUCGGCUUUGCUGUCUGCAGAGCAGAACCACAAAGUCGACACAUCAGUCCACUACAACAUUCCCGAGCUGCAGUCCUCCAGCAGGGUCCCCUUGCCCCAGCACAAUGGACAGCAGGAGCCCCCUGUAGGGAGGAAAGGCCCUCCUAUGCAGGAGGUGGACCAGGACUCUGAGGAGGACUCUGAGGACGACAGCGAUGAGGAAGCCCCCAGGCGCCAGUGGCAAGGAAUUGAGGCAGUCUUUGAGGCUUACCAGGAACACAUAGAAGAGCAAAACCUGGAGCGUCAGGUGCUGCAGACACAGUGCCGGCGGCUGGAGGCGCAGAACUACAGCCUCAGCCUGACUGCAGAACAGCUGUCCCACAGCAUGGCGGAGCUUCGGAGUCAGAAACAGAAGAUGGUCUCGGAGCGGGAGCGGCUCCAGGCGGAGCUGGACCACUUGCGGAAGUGCCUUGCCCUGCCCACCAUGCACUGGCCUAGGGGCUACUUUAAGGGAUAUCCGAGGUGACGGUUUCCCUUGCACUAGGCUGAACCUAUAGUAUAGAAAUAUUAUCUAUUUUAUUACCUUGAAUAUUUAAUAUUUUUCACUGGGAGGUUUGAAGCUUACAAAUUGAGAACGUGCCAUGCAUGAAGCGAAGGGUUCCAGGCUCCAGAGAGGAUAUCACCUCGACUCCAGGGUCAUCGAGGUGCCUGUCUCAGCUAAGACUCAGUUUCUCUUCCUGAGGUCGGUGUUGUUUCCUCUUUUCUCCCACGUCAUCCUUCUCUGACACUGACGCCCACCGUGCAUGUGGCUGAGGAAGAGCCAGCUGGUCGUUUCUGGCCUUGCCGUGCCACAAGAGCCCAGCUUACUGUUGCUGCGGCCCUGGGGGGUUAAACCUCUUCCUCCCAGGAUCGGGACAAUGCUCUGGGAAAGGCUGGGUGUGUACAAGCAAAGGGCUCACCAUCGGUCCCGCCGCCUUCCUGUGCGUGUGCGUCAUCAUCAAAGCCACAGGUCCUGGGAGCACACAAGCUAGCCGAGGCUUCUCCCUGGAACAGCUCUUAGGGAAAGAGGCAAACCCACACCCAGAAGUACCUUGUUUUCCUUGGGGGAGAUGCGUGGAGCUGUCCACAGAUAGCCUACCCACUGGAUUGCUACCGCCGUGUGUGGUGUUUUCAUACAAACGUACAUUUUGAGAGAAAAGUCAAAGGUGCUUCAGCCUUGUACUGUGUAUAUAUUAAAAAAAAACAAAAGUUUUGUAUGUUUUUAUUACUUUAAUUAUUGUUAUAAAAAGCCUGCCAUUUUUAAUAUGUGGUUUGGGGAAUUUUGUUUGUUUUUCCUGUUUGGGGGUUUCCUUUGUUUUUUUGUUUUUGUUUUUGUUUUUCUGGAUUUAAAAAAAAAAAAACAACCUUGCUUUUAAUGUUUGUACUGCUGCUGGUCAGAAUGUUAAAAUGCUGAAGUUCUAGGAGUAGGAGAGCUCACCUGUGAGCAUCCCACACAGCAGGGCUGAGGGGGCGCCUAGGGCUGGUCUGCUGUCCAGGGCACAGGGACCCGUGUGCAGCAGGGACUUGGCAAAGCUAUGGGGAGCUGAGCCACUGAGACAGGCACAGCUCUGGCAGGAAAGCUCAGCACUGAGGGAUCUCUCCCUUCCCAGCUUCAACUCCUCAGUCAGGGCUGACCAACUUGAAAGAGAACCUCUUCCUGCCAGAGCCUCUGACUGUCCUCCAUCACGGAGGGGAGAGGAGGCUGAGCCUACCUUUGGCCACCAGGCUCAGUGGCUGUACAGAGCAGCUGGCUGGCAGUCUGUUCCCUAUCCCUGCUCCACCCACCUGCUAAGAACCUUCUCGUUAUCAGCAAACCCAGACAAGGAAGUGCCACCAGGGCCAUCAAUUAAGCACCUUCCUCUGCCCACAGCCAGUCAGAGAUGAUGGUCAAAGGAGAACAGAGGCCACACACUCUGGGCCAAAGUACUACCCGACUUCCCAGUUAGAUGCUGCCUGUGCUCAGUGCUCCUUUUCCCAGGCUAAGUUUACCCUGAUGACUAGAAGCUUCUGCUAAUCUGUUUGGUAAUGGCUUCUGGGAAAGGUAGAACCCAUAACUUAAGACACGCACAGUCUCCCAUCAUCCCACAGGAAUCCCCCCUGACUGAGUAUAUGAUCCAAAGCAAGCGAUGCCCUUCCAGGUCAGUGUGGGGCACAGCGGAGCCACUGACUAGCAAUGCCUAUGGCCUUUCCCAAUGCCCUUGCCUGUCCCGAAGCUUCUAGGACCACCUCUAGCAUCUGGAGACAGAAUUAUCCACAUGCUCAUAAGUAAAGUGACAAUCAGAACCAGGUACAAGCCAAUAAAGUGGCAGGUGGCCGCCACUUGGCCCACAUAGGGCAUUUUUCCCAUCCCACAGUCUCAGCCGGAUGAGGCUUAGAAGACCACAGUAGCCCCCUCCCAGGUACCACACUGUCCCUAGAGACCCCUCCAGCCUUUCCCUGCUACGGCUCUGCUCUAGGCUGGACUGUGAAAUCAGCAUGUCCGUGAGAAUCCUAGCCGUUGACCAUGUCUUCCCAGUCCACCUGCAAGUGGUAGCUGCCAUCUGUCCUGGGUGGGAGGCACCGAGCUUGUGACAGGUCUCUGAUCAGAUCUUUUAAAUACAACACUGUCUCAUGUAAUUAAGACCCGCCACCAUCGCACAUCAGUGACCAAGAGAGGGCUGUCAACACUUGGGUACAUGGUGACCUGAAAACACCCACUUGCACCGUCACACCAGACUGUACCACUAGGGCGUCCAGAGCAAGCCCCACCCUAACAGUGGGCUGCCACAGCCAGGCUCACAGCACAGAGUCUCAACCAGCUAAGCUGAACUGCAAACUAGAUGCCUCCCGCCCUGCCUCAGCUGCCCAGGCCCCAGCAUGGAGCGGCCUGCACAGCAGGCCCAGCACCUCUGAGGUGCAUUAGCCACUUUUAGCAGCAGCCUGUACUCUUUCAAGUACCAAGCUUUGACUUCACUACUUGCCGUAGCCUGUCCCCACUCUCUGAUCCAGUGCUUAACUUAAACCCUAGAGGCUGCCGUGACCCGAGGAAGCAUCUCACUGGUUUCGUGCUUGUGUGUGCCCUACGCCUCACUGCUGGGGCUGCGGCCCGACACCCAGGCAGGAGGGAGGACGGGUGCCUCGGUCGCUCUGGGGGCAGUUUAGAUGCUGUGAAAUUAAACCCGUUCUAAGUGUACUUGUUUGAAUUAACUGUAUUGUAAUAUUAUUUGUUGAAUGUAGUAAUUAGGUAUUUAUGAAUAUAUUGCUGUAAUUUCUGACAUCCCAAAAAUAAAAUCUUCCUAAAUCAUGUUAA